AUGGUUCUAGUGCCAUCGUCAAUCCUCAUCACCGGUGCGAAUCGUGGCAUUGGACUUGGUCUUCUCAAACAGUGGGCUAAAUAUCCUGAAGUUAAGCACAUUUUUGCUUGUGUCCGAAAACCAUCUGAAGGAUCCGAGCUCGGAGAGUUAGCAAAAGCCGAUGCGCGAAUUCACUGUAUCCAGCUGGAUGUUAACGCAGAUAAAUCGAUAAGUGAUGCUGUAAGAAAGGUAAAAACAACUCUAGGUGAUGAUGUUGGUCUUAACUUACUGAUCAAUAAUGCAGGAAUCAUGAUAGCUGAUGGCAGUAAAUUAGAAGGUGCGGAUCGAAGCAUGUAUUUACAACAUUUCGAUACCAAUGUUGUAUCAGUAGCUAAAGUAGUUGAGGCAUUUUAUGCAUUGUUAAAACUUGCAUCAGAAAAUUCUGUCUCAAAAGAAUGGGGCGUUCAUAGAGCAGCAAUUAUUAAUAUCAGUAGUGCACUUGGCUCAAUUUCAUUGAAUAAUGGUGGAACAAAAUAUGUAAAAAAUAUUCCGUAUGGUCUUUCAAAAACUGCUCUUAACCAGCUGACCAAAACGCUGGCAGUUGAUUUUACUCCAAAUGCUAUCUUAGUAGUAUCGAUGGAUCCGGGGUGGUGUCGUACAGAUAUGGGAGGCUCUGGCGCUACAUACAGCGUUGAGGAAUCGACGAAGAAACAGGUUGAAACAGCCUUAACACUACGUCAAGAACAUUCGGGUUCAUUUAUCAAGAAUACAGGGGAAAUUUUGCCUUAUUGA